UGGUAUAGAAUGCAAACACACGAGGGCUAAAACCAUUCGACACGCCAAAAAAACUGCUAAUUAAACAAGAAUGGAUGCGAUUCGCCGCCAUCCAACCCAAUGAAGCCUUCCUAAUGAAUACUGACGUCUGUCACUAUCUCUCAAUCAGCAAAAUACAGACGACUAUAAGCGAUUCUUGUUCGCCAUAGAAUCCUCGAUGAACAGCGAGACGAUAUGUUUUGAUCAUGAUUCAUGAGAUUCUCUUGUCAUCAAGUGCUUCUGUAUUAAUCGUUCUUCAAGGGUGAUUCUCAGCCAAACAAUAGGCCGUCUUUUAUCUAAAGGACAUGUGAGAGAUGCUUACUGAGGCAAAAAUCUACGAUCAAUUAUGAUAUUAAGUCCUGUCACCUUGGUUUUGGUGGCGUUGUUGGUGGAAGGUUGUAAGUGCUGUGGUGGAAUCUUUGAACAGUCUCACGGAAUACUUCGAUCACCAGUAAGUGGGACUAAAAUCGGGCAAGUAACUCGAUGCGAUUAUAUACUCCUUGUUCCUUCUGAUCAACGGAUUCAAGUUGUUUUUGUCGAUCUUGUCCUCAAGACAACGUGCUGUUCAUGUAAGCACGAUUACAUCGAGUUCAGAGAUGGUAAAGACGCGAACUCUACACUAAUAGGACGCUAUUGUGCACAGAAUAUCCCUAAAAAGGUUUACUCAUCGCGGAAUGAACUGUGGAUUCGUUUUGAAACUGAUUUUCGGACCUCUAGCGAGAACAGGUUCAAGUUGACAUUCGAAACUACAUGUGGUCGCCAUUUCGAGUCUCUGGCUGGCAAUUUUUCCUCUAAAGAAGUAACCUACAAACCAAAUAUCGAGUGUAUUUAUACAAUCUCCGUCCCUCGAGGAAGAAUUAAAGUUUCUUUUGAUGUUUUUGAUCUUGAAGGAAGCAGUUCUAUUUGUGAAUUUGACUUCCUUGAAGUAAAGGAAAUCAAGAAUGUCGAGUUAAGUUCAGACGUUUUAGCUUCGCGGAUAAGGCGUUUUUGUGGAAAGAACAAACCUCCAACGAUUUAUUCAACCAUUGGGAGUUUUCUAUGGUUUCGUUUUAAAACUGAUUCCAAUAGACAAAACUCUAGAUUCACUGCAAAUUUUAGGACUGUAUCUGUUGGUGAAGGAAACUGUGAUACAAAACUCACUUCAGAAAAAGGCUACAUAUUUUCAAAGAACUACCCUUUUUCUUACCCCAAAAACACAGAGUGCACAUGGGAGAUUGAAGUAGACACAUCAAAGCAUGUUCAAUUGAUGUUUGAUACAUUUAACUUUAGUCACACUACUCAGGGAUGUAAGUACGGCUAUGUAAGUGUGUACGAUGAUGCACACUUAGAGUCACCAAUUGGCCAGUUUUGUGGGCCGGAUAUUCCCAGGGAUAUAGUGUCAAGAUCCAGUAAGCUAACUUUAAAAUCCGUCUCGAGUGACAUCCAGAAUACGGGUUGGUUUUCAGUAAGAUACAGAUCAUCCAUUGAAGGGCCGUGCGGCUCAAAGAAGUUUGCUUGUGUGAGUCAUCAAUGCAUCGAAGCACAUAAACGAUGUGAUGGAAAAAAAGACUGCGCAGAUGGCUCAGAUGAGCAAACAUGCCCAUCAAAGGAGGAAAAGCUGUCAUGGUACAGUUUUUGGCCAGUCACAGUCGUCAUAGUGAUGUUAUUCAUGGGUAUAUGGUUGUGGAGGACUUGGCGCAAGUUUAUGACUCCAAGAAGCAAUGUUGAAGUGAGUUACUACUGUGCUUCUUCUUGUCGUCAACAUGAAAAUGGGCAUGUUACAGAAGUUAUGGAACCUCCAAGCUAUAAUGAAGCAAUAUCAACCCCAGUGAGCGGCAUUCCUCCACCAUCUUACGAGGAAGCUAUAAACUCACAACCAGCUCAGUACAUUAUUCCACAUGAUGUGGAAAGAGCAUACCAGAAUGAAACAAGGACUGUGACUUUAAACCAAAAUAUGACUCCAAGAAGCACUGCAGAGGACCAAAUAUCGUCAUCUGAAGGCGAUGCAACAUCUGUUAAUUCCCUUGGACAGCCAUACACAAGUCAUAGGCUACAAGACAGAUUAAGUGAAGUUUAGCAUUUUUUAGCAAACUUUACUUGUAAAGAUAAAUAUUAUUUUGAUAAUUAUUGAUUGCAUUUCAGAAUGUAAAUAUUCCAUUUAUAUUAUAUGGUUAGAAACUUGCUAUAUAUACAUAUAUAUUUGCCAAUGAGCAUCUUUUCCUAUUUACUGAUCCCAAUAUUGUCAUGGUAUUAGUAAUGGGAAAAGCAGUAGAUUCAUUUUUAGGUCUCUCAUUUGAAUUGAGGGUUUUUCUCUGGGUCCUCCAGUUAGUUUUCCUUCCUCUGCAAAAUCGAAGAAGCUAACUUCCAAUUUAUUUGAUGUGCAAGCUGGCCAUGCGCUGACUUAGAUCAGCUCAGAGGUUGUUUCAGGGUAUCGAUCAGUGAGUUAGCCAUGCCCUGACUUAGAUCAGCUCAGAGGUUGUUUUGGGGUAUUGAUUAAAACUAUGAGAUGUAGUAAAGAAAUUAUUUUUACACUUCUUUGGUAUAAAUGUACAAUAAGAAUCGAUUAAAUAAAGAGGGGAGAAAAAUUAAGGCUUAUAUUGCCACCAUUUUACUCAGCUUUCUUUUAUAUCAAGUCCCUUGUGCCACAGGUAACCCAAACUCUACGUUUGACAUUCUUGAUAUAUGAUGAUCUUUUCUCAAGAAAACUUUAUAAAAAUAAAUAUAAAUUUCUAAAUC